UAAAAACAAGUAUGGCGGAGUUUAAAAAAGUCCGAGCUAGGACUAUCCGAAAACGUCGACAUUCGUCAAGUAGUGACAGCGAUUCUGACAAAGAAGAUGAUAUUGGACUAAAAUUGCAAGAUAUAAAGGAAAUACAAAAAUUGAGAGGAAGACCAAACGGCGUCAGCGCUGAAGUAUUGUUGGCUGGAAAGGAAAUUGCCCCCAAACAGACCACUGAUGAUAAUGACCCUUACAAAAUGAAAACUGGAGGAUUUGUAGAUAUGAAGGCUUUGAAACAUAAACCAGUAAAUGUAGAGGACAGUGAAUCCAUAGGUACAGCAUUCGCUGCUGAAACAAAUCGACGAGAUGAAGAUACAGAGAUGUUAAAGUAUGUAGAAGAAGAAUUGGCCAAAAAGAAAGGUCACCACAAGGAAGAAAUCACUGACAAGUCCAAAAAGGAAGAAAAUAAACUUUUUGCUCUGCCAGAAAAUUUGAAAGUGGAAUCCAGUCGUAAAAAGACAGAAGACAUGUUGUCCAAUCAGAUGUUGUCUGGUAUACCAGAGGUGGACUUGGGUAUUGAGGCUAAGAUCAGUAACAUUGAGGCGACAGAGGAGGCUAAGCAAAGAUUGCUGACUGAACGCAUGAGGAAGAGAGAAAAGGAGAUAUCCGACUUCGUCCCUACAAACAUGGCUGCUAACUUCGUCCAACAUAACAGAUUCAAGAUAGAAGACACAAAACCACUCCUUAAAAAAGAAGAGGCACCCCGCCCAGAACCUGUCAGAGUUGGAGACGCGGAGAGGUUACAGACACCAGCAGGUGCUGAUGGAAAAUCAAAAACAGAUGAAAAAGCCACAGAUGAUUUUUACUUUGAAAAGUUCAAGAAACAGAUGAGGAGAUAUUGAGCAAAUUUUACUGUACAUCGUCUAUACUGACAAGAUGUCACUAAACUCUGGAAGAUUCCAUCAGAACAAGGUUACCUGUACAACAAUGAUCGAGUUGUUUACAGUGUACAACAACCUGUGUGACAUUCACUGUUAAGAAUAGAAAAUUUAAAUGGGCAUUGUCGCCUGGUCUGCUUCCUGAUUCUGGACACCCUACCAUUGCCAGUGUCCAUAUUGUUAAACAACUAGUUUCAUACCUAGAGCUGACACUAGAACGCAUUAAGAUGUGCCAGAUUUCACAGAUUUGGGUUUUGAAUGGUGCUAAAAUAAAAUCAGUGACAUAUGUUAGGAGGUAUAUAUGGAGUGGAUGCAUGGUACAGUGGUAAUGCACCUGCCUUUCAUCUAAAUGGCCAGGGUUUGAUGUUUGAUUCCCUGAUCAGAUGUGAAAUGGUAUCGGGUCACCUGCCCGACCGUGGGUUUUCCCCGGGUACUCUGGUUUCCUUCCAUCCAGGCCAACAAGCAUGAUUAAUAUAAGUUGAUAAAAUCUGUUUACGAAUUAUCAUAAAAUAAAUAAUUUUUACAUUUUGAACAAAAAAAAUCAAAGCAACAGGUAUAUGGAGAACUUGUUUAAAAUGUACGUAAGGCUAAAGAAUCCUUAUGACACUUUGUAGAAUGUUCAUGUACACAAACUAGUUAGGAGGAGCUAAAGUGAUACAGUGGCUACUAUAAAUGACCUGUCCAUUGUGUUCCAUACAAACUUAAGUACUAUAUUCUACAUGUUAGUUUUCACAGAAAAUUUGAUUAAAUACAAUGAACAUAUACACAAGUUUCAACAUCAGGAUAAAUGACAUUUGUACAGGUCCCGCCCCUCUGACUCUAAUGGUUCAGAACAUAUAUAGCUAGUGGAUACAAGAUUAAGCCCCUUGGGAAUCUCACUUUGGGUAAAGCAUGUCAUUAAUUAGCGAUGUAACGAUUCACCGAUGUAUUGGAUUGCAGAGUGGUGUAUUGAUUCAUCGUCUAUCCUUGAUUUGUAUCGCAAUACUUGAAUAUUUGUAGUUAUCUCCCUUGACCAAUGUCAGCUUACAUUUUGAAGUAAACAACAUGGCCGACAAGGCCGUUCCAGUGGCUUAUAAAGCUGCCUGUUGGAGUUCUCCCAAAUUCAAAUUAGCUAAAUUCAAGAAAGUUUUGUGGGAAAUGAACAAAAUGUUUGUUUUUUGUAACAAAUGUAGACAAAGACUCAAAUAUUCAGGAAAUACCACAAACACAAACAUGACUUCUGUGCCAUGCAAUACCAGAUAUCUGAUAGGUCGUCAGCUUCUAAUAUAUAGUGAAACGUAUCAUAUCGAGAUCCCUGUAUUGCAAUACGAAUCGUAUCGCUACCCACCUUGCGAUACAUAGCACUAUCAAUAAUACUAGUUCAGAGUCAUGAGUCAAAGGUGAAAGUCACUUUGAAUAUUAGUUCUCAAUAAAAUCCAUGUCGGGUAGAAUAACUGAAUUUCUGCUUGCCUCUCCCAAUAGGGACUUGCUCAUCUGGGUGCUACACCAUACAUUGAUACCCAACAUGAAUCACUUGUUAUAGGAAUGCUUAUACUUUUUUUUUUUUUUUUUUGUGAAUCCCAUCAGGCAUUUUGGAAAGUAUCUAUAGGCUAUUAAAGGAAAUAUUGUUGGACAAAUUCAUUGUUAUUUCUACAUAAUUUUCCAACAGAGUUCUGGUGGGCUGCAUGUACAAGGAAGGAAAAAAAGGAAAGAGGGACGAAAUGAAUGAAUGGAAUGGAAUGAAUGAGUGGAAUGGAUGAAUGAAUGGGUUAGAGUUUAUGAAUAGCAAGGUUAAAUGAGUGCAUAAUGUUGAAUUGAAAGAUUUAUGUUAAGUAUGUGAUGUUGAGAUGUUCAGUAUGGUAUAAAUGUUAAUAAAACUUUUAUUAUUUUGUGGUAUGUAACAAAAGAAUGCAGGAAACA